AUGACUAAACCAGUUGCUUCAUAUGAAUUAGAUGAAAAAAGAUUCCUUACAUUAUUAGGUAAAUUAAUUGGUGAAACUGAAAAUCUCCAAAAUAGACCACCAGCUUUAAUUCCAAUUGAAGAUAAUGCAGGUCGUCAUGUCAUUGAAGCUUUAACUCCAUACUUAAAAGCAAAUGGUGGUGUUUUAGAAUUAGAACAAGUUCACUGUGAUCCAGUAAACUAUCCAAAAAGAGGUAACAUUAUUAUUGAAUACCCAGGUACCUCCAAAGGAACUAGUUCACCAAAAACAAUUUCAUUUGUUGGUUCACAUUUAGAUGUAGUUCCAGCUGAUAAAACUGCUUGGGAUAGAAAUCCAUUCCAAUUAAUUAUUGAAGGUGAUAAAUUAUAUGGUAGAGGUACAACUGAUUGUUUAGGACAUGUUGCAUUAUUAACAGAUUUAUUUAUUCAACUUGCAACUGAAAAACCAGCACUUAAACAUUCAAUUUUUGCAGUAUUUAUUGUAAGUGAAGAGAAUGAUGAAAUUCCAGGUAUUGGUGUCGAUGCAUUAGAUCAUAGUGGAAAGAUGAAUCCAUGUAAGAAUGGACCAGUUUAUUGGGUAGAUUCAGCAGAUUCACAACCAACCAUUGGUACUGGUGGUGCACAAACUUGGAAUUUAACAGCUCAUGGUAAGAAUAUGCAUAGUGCUAUGCCAUAUAGAACUGUAAACUCUGUAGAGUUGGUCAACGAAGCAUUGGCUGAGAUUCAACGUCGUUUCUACAUUGACUUCAAACCACAUCCAAAAGAAGCCGAAUAUAAAUUCGAUUGUUCAUCAACAAUGAAACCAACCUUAUGGAAACCAAUCGCCGGUAGUUACAAUACCAUUCCAGGUGAGUCAACCAUUUGUGGUGAUAUUCGUUUAACUCCAUUCUAUGAUAUGAAAGAAAUGCGUGCAAAAGUUGAAGGUUAUAUCAAAGAUAUCAAUGCCAAUAUCACUGAACUUCGUAAUAGAGGUCCAUACAGUAAAUAUGAUGUACCAGCCUCUGAAGGUGUUGAACCAGUCAAAGGUUCAGUCUCUAUUGAAUGGUUAGGUGAAGCAUCAGCUGGUGUCGCUUGUAAACUCGACUCUGAUGGUUACAAAGCACUUGGUAAAGCUACUUCUGAAAUUUUAGGUUCAUUAACUCCAGUUGCAACUUGUGGUACUCUUCCUUUGGUUCGUGAUCUCCAAGAUAGUGGUUUCGAUAUUCAAAUUACUGGUUUUGGUAAAGAAGAAACUUAUCAUGCUGAUAAUGAAUAUGCUUUAUUAUCUGAUUUUAAAAAUGCUAUUAAAAUUUUAUCUCGUACAAUUGAUUUAUUAGAAAAAAAUUAA